AUUUUAAUUCAUUCCUACAUUGAUUUGGGCGGCGUAAAUCGCCGGCGAUUCUCUCGCGACUACAGUUAUGGAGGCAUGGAGGUUACCGUUAUCGUCUUCGAUUAGAGGAAAGCUGAUAUCGGCUGGUUAUACUUCUCUGUCAUUGAUUUCUUCGGUUUCUUCUUCUGAUCUCGCUCGAGAUGUAAAUAUCACAGAGGAGGAAGCAUUUGAGAUUUUAAGGAUGGCUAAUCAAUCCUCAGGAUCCAGUUCUUGCAAUGGAAGCCGUUCUCUCAUAAAUGGAGCAAAGAACGCUUGGGAUAUGCUUCACGAGGAGGAGUCUUUGCCGCGCAUUACUACAUCUUGCUCUGAUCUUGAUAGCAUUUUGGGUGGUGGAAUAAGCUGUAGGGAUGUUACAGAGAUUGGUGGGGUACCGGGGAUUGGCAAGACUCAGAUUGGGAUCCAGCUCUCUGUGAAUGUUCAGAUUCCUCGUGAGUGUGGUGGUCUUGGAGGGAAAGCAAUAUAUAUCGAUACAGAAGGUAGCUUCAUGGUGGAGCGUGCUUUACAAAUAGCAGAAGCUUGUGUAGAGGACAUGGAAGAAUACACAGGAUACAUGCAUAAACAUUUUCAGGCAAAUCAAGUACAAAUGAAACCCAAAGAUAUCUUAGAUAACAUAUUCUACUUCCGUGUCUGCAGUUACACCGAGCAAAUCGCUUUGGUCAAUCAUCUUGACAAGUUCAUCUCUGAAAAUAAAGAUGUUAAAGUUGUGAUUGUAGACAGUAUCACGUUUCAUUUCCGUCAGGACUUUGAUGACUUAGUCCAGAGGACACGAGUUCUCAGCGAAAUGGCUUUAAAGUUCAUGAAGCUUGCCAAAAAGUUCUCACUUGCGGUUGUGUUACUAAACCAAGUGACCACAAAGUACACUGAAGGCUCGUUUCAACUAGCGCUUGCAUUAGGCGAUAGCUGGUCUCAUUCAUGCACCAACCGAGUCAUUCUGUAUUGGAACGGUGAUGAACGUUAUGCGUAUAUUGAUAAGUCCCCUUCACUUCCUUCAGCUUCGGCUUCAUACACUGUAACCAGUAGAGGUCUAAGAAACUCCUCCUCAAGUAGCAAACGGGUCAAGAUGAUGUAACGACACACCACAAGGUCCACAACACAGUCACAAGGACAUGAGUAAGCUUUCCCCGGUUUAGCUUUGGUUCGGUUCUUGAUUCGAUUGAACUGCCUGCUUUAGGGUGGUCAAUACCGGAGUUGGUGAAUUAGUGACUAAAUGUAUUUCUUAAAUCUAAAGCAAUUAUGUUCUUCACCUACCCUUGUCAUGACCAUGGCUUUUGCUUUACACACCAACCAUGCCGCAUUGUCCAUCUUAUACGUGUAUUCUCUUUUUGACUUAAAAUUAAAUUAUGUAACAA